CACACACACACGCACACACACACACACCGGUGGGAACCAUACACACACUUCGUCGCUGAGGCUGGACACCAACGCUCCUGGCCCGGCAACGGAGCACAAAUCCAGGCUUCCAGGCGCCGCAGCCCGCUGUGAAAGUGGACUUUUCAUCGCCUUUCUUUUUCGAUAUGGGAGACAUGGGGGAUCCUCCGAAAAAGAAGCGACUGGUGUCUCUUUGCGUGGGCUGCGGGAACCAGAUCCACGACCAGUACAUCUUACGGGUAUCUCCGGACCUGGAGUGGCAUGCCGCUUGUCUCAAGUGCGCGGAGUGCAGUCAGUACCUGGACGAGUCAUGCACUUGCUUCGUCAGGGAUGGAAAGACUUAUUGUAAACGGGACUACAUCAGGUUAUACGGUAUUAAAUGCGCUAAAUGCAAUAUCGGAUUCAGCAAGAAUGAUUUCGUCAUGAGGGCUCGCUCCAAAGUCUACCACAUCGAGUGUUUCCGCUGCGUUGCAUGCAGCAGGCAGCUUAUCCCGGGAGAUGAGUUCGCUCUGCGGGAAGACGGGUUAUUCUGCCGCGCAGACCAUGACGUGGUGGAACGGGCCAACCUCGGCAGUGGAGAUCCUCUCAGUCCCCUGCAUCCGGCCAGACCGCUGCAGAUGGCAGAACCAAUCUCAGCGCGGCAGCCUGCACUCAGACCCCACGUCCACAAACAGCCAGAGAAGACCACCCGAGUCCGGACGGUGCUGAACGAGAAGCAGCUGCAUACGCUGCGGACCUGUUACAACGCCAACCCGAGGCCCGACGCCCUGAUGAAGGAGCAACUGGUCGAGAUGACCGGCCUCAGCCCGCGAGUGAUCCGCGUCUGGUUCCAGAACAAGCGGUGCAAGGACAAGAAGAAAAGCCUGCUGAUGAAGCAACUGCAACAGCAACAACCCAACGACAAGACGAACAUCCAGGGAAUGACGGGCACCCCGAUGGUUGCGGCCAGCCCGGAACGACACGACGGCGGCAUCCAGGCCAACCCGGUGGAGGUGCAGAGCUACCAGCCGCCCUGGAAGGUCCUCAGCGACUUCGCCCUGCAAAGCGACAUCGACCAGCCGGCCUUCCAACAACUGGUCAGCUUCUCAGAGGGAGGACCAGGUUCGAAUUCGACAGGCAGCGAGGUAGCAUCCAUGUCCUCCCAGCUUCCCGACACGCCGAACAGCAUGGUCUCCAGCCCCAUCGAGGCCUGAGGACUGCUUGAACACACAGCCCCGACCAUCCCAUUCCUCCUGACUGGGUGUACUUUGACACUGUGAAGACAAUCAUGGGAUUUACUCCAGCCAACCAUCCUAACUUUAACACGGAGUGCAGACGGACGGACAUGAUGAGCGGUGCUGCCUGCUUUCAGUUGCCAAACGGAGAAGAGAGAAAAGGAAGCGGACCUCUGACAGGGAGCGCAAUCUAAUUCACGUAGGCCUACUUUCGAUAUGUUCAGCUUUGAAUAGAAAACGAUGUUUUUUUUUUUUGUUUUUUUUUUUUUUUUUAACCCGCUUCACCCACACCAUAUAGGCUAAGAGAUCUUUUGGAUCCGUCUGAUUUCUUCAUUUGACUGAUUUCCUUUAUGACCCAAGGCCUGAGGCAUUUUAAACAAGGUAUACCUCUAGUUUGCCACAAACGUUGUGGGACAUUUGUGCGUUAGCCUAUAGUGUCCGUCCAAGUAUAGGCUAUUUUUUCUUUCCCAAAGACAUGUAAAUUAUUCAGUUAGUUCUCUGCAAGAAAUUGUAUUGUUUGUUCCCGUGCAACAGAAUUAUUUAUUAUUUAUUGCCGACAAAUUUGCCACCUUUUGUGUAACUUUCGUAACUGAAGUAAAAAGAAACAAAAAGAAA